AUGGCCCCAGCAGCUGCCCAAGGAGGAAAGAAGCAGAAGAAGAAGUGGUCCAAGGGAAAGGUUAAGGACAAGGCCCAGCACGCUGUUGUUGCCGACAAGACCAUCCAGGACAGACUCAACAAGGAUGUACAGACAUACCGUCUGAUCACUGUCGCCGUUCUCGUCGACCGUUUGAAGAUCAACGGAUCAUUGGCCAGGAAGGCUCUCGCCGACUUGGAGGAGAAGGGCGUGAUCAAGAAGGUUGUCGGUCACUCCAAGUUGUCAAUCUACACCCGUGCUGUCGCCGCGGCCGAAUAA